UCCAAACGCCUUGACUGAUACACAUUUCUUUCAUAUCGGAAGUAUAUGUCAUUUAGAAGUAGUUCUUUACCGACUUAGUCGAUCUAUAACUUUGUUUCAUUUGGAGAUUGAUCCGUAGGAACUUGGUGAUUCUUUCAUUAGACUUACUAUUUUGGACUUUAUGAUUUUUCGAGCCUUUGGAUUAGUCUUUUUCCUUUUAAUUCACAUGAUGUCCAAAGCAUUAGUAGCCCAUUUGCUUGGAGUCGAGUACGACAAUAAAGUUCUUAUGGAUAGAUACCCGACCAAAGUUCUUAGGAUGAAAAAGAGUUUAGACAACUCUGUAAAAAAAGCUUUGAAGAUGGUUUUCAAGGAAGACUCCGCAGAAGGUCGAAAAGCUUUACGCCAUUUCGUCAAAGAGGUUAACAUUUUGUCCAAGCUGAAUCAUCCACACAUCGUUAUUGUCGACUCAGUGGCCACCCUCCCAAAGUUCAACUGCAUCCUCAUGCCGUAUUACGAUGGAGGAAACCUCACUCAGAUUCUACCUUACUUGAACUGGCAUGUAAGUGAUCAUUACUUGGUGCAGCUCUGCUCGGCUCUGACCUACCUCCGCUGGAAGAACAUCGUCCACAGAGACGUCAAGACAGACAAUGUGCUUCUCAAUACUAAUCAUCACAUUGUGCUGGCUGACUUUGGACUUUCCGACGUCCUGCCUCCUGGACAAAGCAUGAUCAAACAUAUUAAAGGUACCAUAUAUUACAUGGCACCAGAACAGAGCAACAGUGUUCCGUACGAUGGUUUCAAGUCUGACAUGUUCGCCCUGGGAGUAAUACUUUGGUGCAUGAUCAUGAGAAUGGAUGUUAUACUGUUCAAACCGGAGCAGCCCUUGGUAGAAAUCGUCAAAAGCACAACCUCCCUAUCUCCUAUUGACAGUAACAUUCUUUGUGGCCUGCUGGAAAUGAACCCUGAUGAAAGAUGGUCCAUCACGACUUUGGUGAACUCACUGAGUGGCUUCCCGCGUUUUGCAACUAAAGUACAACCGUUUAAAGAGAGAGGUUUGCUUUGAUCCUUAUGAAGGCGGUCAGAGAGCAGUCUCCCAACUACGUAUAGAAUGUGUGUGGCUUUAAAGUUUAAAGAUAGUCUUGAAAUAUGUUGAGAAAUUUCUGUUCUGUUAUUGGUACUUGAUAAUUGUCUACUUGACUUAGCGGAUACAUUGUUUUGCAAUGAUUAUCUUUCCUUGGCGAUUCCAGAGAAAAUAUUUAAUGUCAUUACACUUUGCUUGUUAUGUAUUUAUUUCACUUUUAUAUUUGUUAAUCAUUUAAAGUGAUACAUUUUAAACAUAAAGUAAGAAGCAUACUUUGAAAAUUGAUAGUUUAAACUUAUCAGGAAUAAAGAAUAAUUUUAUUUUCCCUUAAAGACCGUGGCAGUACCAGAGAAUGAUAAUUAAGUCAUUUUUAUAAUAAAAGAAACUACAUAGAAAUUUCCCCAAAUCUAUUUUUAGAGUUCAGUGGAGAUUUUCGUCUCUACUUCUGAAGCUUUUGUCCCAUUUGAAUUUGACCACUUUGUAUCCUUAAGUUAAAUUAAAAAGACAUGUUUUUAAAACAAAUCAAUUCGCGUAGACAAUUAAAUAUAACACUAUUAAUUUGAAUGUCUGUUUCAUUAGGUGUUUGUGUGGAGUGAAGUCGUCCAAUGAUGGUUUGUAGUGUAACACUAUUGAGUUGAAUGUUUCAUUAGGUGUUUGUGUGGAGUGAAGUCGUUCAAUGAUGAUUUGUAGUGUAACGCUAUUGAGUUGAAUGUCUGUUUCAUUACAUGUUUGUGUGGAGUGAAGUCGUUCAAUGAUGGUUUGUAGUUGCUGUUUUAUUGUACGUUACUGCUAGCAUUGUUUGUUUAAAUAUGUUUAUGUAACGACAGCCCACACAGAAACUUUCUGACCUUGGAAAUGAAAUA